CUGGGCAGGAGGGACCCGGCUGUAUUGUCUGCAGGGCGCCCAGGGAGCCCCCCCCGGCCCGGAGCCUGACACCCCCCCCUCCGGGGACCGAGCGCUGUGGAGCCGCCACCGCCCCCUCCCCCCGGGACCUGCUCACCAUAGGCCACCCCCACACACACUCACCCCCCCGCCAUCCAGCCCCCUUUGUCUCCCCCGCGCCGCCGCCGGCUCCGCUCCGCCCGCCCGCCCAGGGACCCGGGCGGCGCCAGGGAGGCAGCUCCGCGCACCCCCACCCCCAGCCAGAGGUGCCGGGGGAGCGCCCGCCCUCCUCUGCUGAGGAGAGCCCCAGGCAGCAGGAUAUGAGCCUUCUCCUAUGUCCGGGCUUUGGCCUCACGCAGUAGGUGUAAUAUAAUCGCUGAGGUGGGCGUUCUGCAAGGAGAAUUAUUUUUGGAGGCUUUUGCAUGAAACUUGCCCAAUGAGUCUGAGACACCCAAGCACCAUUAAUUUUGGAGGAGUGGUUGUGGAACAAGAUGGAACAUUGCAUGAGACCAAUAGUGUCCAUGGGCUGCACCUCCAUAUUAAAGAAACUAUGUUCCAACUUCCUGUCAACAACCUUGGCAGUUUAAGAAAAGCCCGGAAAACUGUGAAAAAAAUACUUAGUGACAUUGGUUUGGAAUACUGUAAAGAACAUAUAGAAGAUUUUAAGCAGUUUGAACCUAAUGACUUUUAUUUGAAAAACACUACAUGGGAAGAUGUAGGAUUGUGGGAUCCAUCGCUUACAAAAAAUCAGGACUAUCGGACAAAACCCUUUUGCUGCAGUGCAUGUCCAUUUUCGUCGAAGUUCUUUUCAGCCUAUAAAAGUCACUUCCGGAAUGUUCAUAGUGAAGACUUUGAAAAUAGGAUUCUUCUUAAUUGUCCCUACUGUACUUUCAAUGCGGACAAAAAGACUUUGGAAACGCACAUUAAAAUAUUUCAUGCUCCAAAUGCCAAUACACCGAGUGGAGGCAUCAGCACUUUUAAAGAUAAAAACAAACAUGAUAGCCUUAAACCUAAGCAGGCUGACAGUGUAGAACAAGCUGUUUAUUAUUGUAAGAAGUGCACUUACCGAGAUCCUCUAUAUGAAAUAGUUAGAAAGCACAUUUACAGGGAACAUUUUCAGCAUGUUGCUGCACCUUACGUAGCAAAGGCAGGUGAAAAGUCACUCAAUGGUGCAGUUCCCUUAAGUUCCAGUACCCGAGAGGAGGGUAGUAUUCACUGCAAACGAUGCCUUUUUAUGCCGAAGUCAUAUGAAGCUUUAGUACAGCAUGUUAUUGAAGACCAUGAACGUAUAGGAUAUCAGGUUACAGCAAUGAUAGGGCACACUAAUGUAGUGGUUCCAAGAUCCAAACCUUUGAUGCUAAUAGCUCCAAAACCACAGGAUAAAAAGCCUAUGGGACUUCCUCAAAGGAUGGGUCCCCUUUCCCCUGGAAAUGUCCGAUCUCUUCCAUCACAGCAGAUGAUGAAUCGACUCACUAUACCAAAGCCUACAUUAAAUUCUGCGGGAGUGAAUAUGAUGUCAAAUGUUCACCUACAACAGAACAAUUAUGGAGUCAAAUCAGUACCACCAAGUUAUGUUGGACAGCCGGGGGGAAGGCUAAACUUAAGUGGUAACGCACCAGUGUCUAUUCCACAACAGUCUCAAACAAUGAAACAGUUUUCACCAAGUGGAAAUGGAAGGCCUUAUACCCUUGGAGGGGAGCAGAGAUCUCAGACUCCAGCAAGGUACUCUCUUCAGUCUGCCAAUUCCUCUUCUCUUUCAUCAGCCCAGUUGAAACAAACGUCAUUAUCUCAGUCUCAGGCAGCAUCAAGAGUAUUAGGUCAGUCUGGCUCAAAGCCUCCUGUGGCUGCUACAGGCCCUUCCGCUGUCAAUACUUCAUCAACACAAAAGUGGAAAAUUUGUACAAUCUGUAAUGAGCUGUUUCCUGAAAACGUGUACAGUGUUCACUUUGAAAAGGAGCACAAGGCUGAAAAGGUGCCUGCAGUAGCUAACUAUAUAAUGAAAAUACACAAUUUCACUAGCAAAUGUUUAUACUGUAAUCGCUAUUUACCCACUGAUACGUUGCUUAAUCAUAUGUUAAUCCAUGGACUGUCUUGUCCAUACUGCCGUUCAACUUUCAAUGAUGUUGAAAAGAUGGCUGCUCAUAUGCGAAUGGUUCAUGUUGAUGAAGAAAUGGGACCUAAAACUGAUUCCACUUUAACCUUUGAUUUGACAUUGCAGCAGGGUAGUCACACUAAUAUACAUCUACUUGUAACCACCUACAAUCUGAGAGAUGCCCCUGCUGAAUCUGUAGCUUAUCAUGCUCAGAAUACUCCUCCUGUUCCUCCAAAACCACAGCCGAAAAUCCAGGAGAAGGCAGAUAUACCUGUGAAAAGUUCUCCUCAAGCAGCAGUCCCCUACAAAAAAGAUGUGGGUAAAACACUCUGCCCUCUUUGCUUUUCAAUCCUAAAAGGACCCAUAUCUGAUGCACUCGCACAUCACUUAAGGGAGAGGCAUCAAGUUAUUCAAACAGUUCAUCCAGUUGAGAAAAAGCUAACAUAUAAAUGCAUUCAUUGUCUUGGUGUGUAUACCAGUAAUAUGACUGCCUCAACUAUAACGCUACACCUUGUUCACUGCAGAGGGGUUGGGAAGACCCAAAACGGCCAAGACAAAGCUAAUGCACCAUCUCGACUAAAUCAGUCUCCAGCUGUAGCACCUGUGAAACGUACUUAUGAACACAUGGAAUUCUCUCUGAUGAAGAAAAGAAAAAUGGAUGAUGAUGACUCGCCGUCUGCCUUUGAAGAGAAGCCUGAAGAACCUGUAGUUUUAGCUUUAGACCCUAAAGGUCAUGAAGAUGAUUCUUAUGAAGCCAGAAAAACAUUUCUUACAAAAUAUUUCAAUAAACAACCUUAUCCCAGUAGGAGAGAAAUUGAAAAGUUGGCUGCCAGUUUAUGGCUAUGGAAAUCAGAUAUUGCUUCACAUUUUAGCAACAAAAGAAAGAAAUGUGUUAGAGAUUGUGAAAAGUACAAGCCUGGUGUGCUGCUUGGUUUUAACAUGAAAGAAUUAAACAAAGUUAAACACGAAAUGGAUUUUGAUGCUGAAUGGCUGUUUGAAAAUCAUGAUGAAAAGAAUUCCAGAGUCAAUGCUAGUAAAACUGUUGAUAAAAAAAUAAACCUAGAAAAAGAUGAUGAAAGUUCUUCAGACAGUUAUGAAAAUAUAGAAGAGGAAUCUAAUGAAAGCAAUAGUCCAUUUGGUCAACCAAUUUCAGAUGUUGGUCGUAAAACCUCUAUUGAUAGCAUAAUAGAGAAUCCAGAAGACAGCAUAUCCAAGGAGACUACUGAUGAAAAUCCCUUACAGUCUCCAGAGAAAUCAGACCAAAAACAGGAGGAAGGCUCAAAAUAUGAAGAGAUUCACUCUGCCAAGGAACCAAUUAAACUGGUAGGUGAUGCCUCAGAUAGUGAAGGUGAUCAAGAAGAUCAAGAUGAUGCUGCUGAAUGGAAAGAUGGAGCUUCACAGUCUGAAAGUGGACCUGGCUCUCAGCAAGUUUCUGACUUUGAAGACAAUACAUCAGAGGUGAAACCAGAAGUUUGGACAGAUGAAUCAUCCCAGAGCGAAGAUGCUGGUAGUAGUAAACCAGCUGCAGAAAUAAAAGGGGUUGCAUCUGAAAGUGAUGAAGAGCAAUCAAAAUGGAAGAAUAGUUCCUAUGGAAAAGUAGAAGAAUUUUGGUCUAAGGACCAGUCACAAUGGAAAAAUGCAUCAGAAAUUGAGGAGAGUUUGUCAAAUCAGCAGAUGGAAUGGCAGAAUAGCACAAUUGACAGCGAAGAUGGAGAUCAGUUUGACAAUGUGACUGAUGGUGUAGCAGAACCAAUGCAUAGCAGCUUAACUGGUGUAGAGUUGAGUAGCCAGCAAGCAUAAGCUGCUCAACUCAGAAGCAUGAGUAAAUGUGCUUCAAUCUACAACUGUCUAAAUACUUUCAUUUCAAUAUGACUGCUAAGCUUAAUUCUAACUGGUACUGCCUUUUGAGUGCUAGGUCAUCUGGCUAGUGGUUGAUGUGGCCACUAAUAUUCCAGUGGUUAUUCCUGAGUAUGCUGUUGGCUAAAUUUGCUUGAGAAUACCUACUGUGAUGAGCACAGUAACUUAAUGUGAAAACAGAUAAGCUGGUGGCUCCAGAAUGCACACGAAGAAAAGCAGAGGUUUUCUUUAUCUGCAUUUUCAACAUUUAUUUCACUCUUGGAUAUGUUCAGUUGUAUGUCUUUUUAAACAUUACCCUUUUUCACAUGGUAGUAUAGGGCCAACAUGAGCUACCAGUUCAAUGUGUAUAGUAGACUAUGGGGAAAUUGAUUUUUUUCAUGUAUCAUUCUGAAUAGUUGAAAUGUAUAUUUGUACAGUCUUUUAGACCUAUUCAAGUGAAGCUUAUGAAAUUGUUCUUGUGUACCCAUCAUAGAUUUGUUUCUCUUUUUUAGUGUUGCCCUGCUGUGUAAUAAAUGCUGUAUCUAGUUUACCUAGCAAAAGCUUGAAACUGCUAUAGUAUGAAUUUUGACAAACUUAGUUUUUGCACAUAACCUUGUACAAUCUCAAAACUGAGGCCAGCAACAUAAAAAAUUAUAUCUGGACUCUAUUGUAUUAUAGAAUUUUCUUGUUCUGAAUAUCCUUGACAUUACAACUGAUGACAAAUGUAUUUCAGAGCCAUUUUCUGAAAUCUUUUAAGCUAAAAAAGAAAAAAUCACAUGCAAGAAACAAGUUUGCAGCUACUAAUUUUGACACCUUUUAGAUCUGUAUAAAAGUGUAUUGUGUUGAAGCAGCAUACAGAAAUAAAAAUGCUGCAUUUUGGAUAUUUAGUUUUAUCUUUAGUUAACACCAACAAGGUGUUGUAUUCAUUUAUACCAUCUAAUAUAUGACACACUGUUGUAGUAUGUAUAAUUUUGUGAUCUUUAUUUCCCUUUGUAUUCUUCAUUUAAGCAUCUAAAUAAA